AAUCGGAUCGGAAACAGUGUUUAAAUUAGCCCACAAUCCUCCACGGAAUUUCACAAACAAGCUUUAUGUGGGCUCAAGUGGGUUUGUUCCAAAACCCAAGAACCGAAGACAGAUUCCUUGCUCCAUAUUCAGACACAUGCAGUAUUUUGUGCAACAGAUUUUUGGGAUACAGUCGGAUAUCCUGUCUGGGUGUUUUUCUCUAUAUCGUUUUGCAUACCUAGGCGAAAUAUAUAAACGUUUCACCAUACGCCCCCGUGGCUUGCCAUUUAAUUAGAUCCCCGGGGUGCGGAUCAGUUUGGCACCGUGUCUGCGUGCAAGCGAAACCGGCUGUUUUUUGUUUUUUGCUCCCGGAGCCCUGGCCACGGUCCUCGCGCGACUUCACUUCUGCACCGGCGGCGCGGGAGGAAAAUCGAGCCCGCAGUCCAGCUGCUGCAGCUGGGCUAAAUCGUUCCGCACGACUCCGACAGGCGACAGUCUAAGCGUUGCAGCAGUCGACAAGCAGAGUGUAAUGUUUUGGUCGAUGUGUGAGUCGCUGUGGGAAUGAGACUGCGUGGCAGGGAUUUGGAGGAUUCCACUGUCUCCUGGAUACCAAGCGUCCUGGGUGUGCAGAGCGUCAGGCUCCGCCUUCGCCUUGAUCGCCGUGACGACAGGGGGAGGGGUCUCUGGCAGCUGGUUGACCUGGGAGAGGAAGUGCAGAGUGGGCGUCGGAUACGAGAUAGGACACCUCCUACUUGUUCUCAAAGUCUGAUGAGUAUUCCUGCUGCUGCAUCAGUUCAGUCAGGGGGUGGAGAGAUGCAAUCACCUGGGGCUAUUAGCCCCUCCUUCCUCCCGCCCCCAAGUGGAAAAGUUCCAGGUCGCAAGAGGGGUCGCCCACCCCUAAAGAGGCACCCGGAAUAUCAGAGUCGCUACCCAGAAUCCUUCCCACCCAUUAAAGUGCCUAAGAAGAGAGGCAGGAAGCCUGGCUUUAAGUUGAAGUCUCGCUUGAUGACACCCCUGGCCAUCUCUCCUCCCAGCAGCACCCCGGAGCCAGACAUGAGCUCAAUCCCCCAGGACGCUGCUACUAUCCCCCACUCAGCCACCCCACAGGUCCUCACAGUGUGUAUCUAUGUGAAUAAGCAUGUGAACACGGGUCCUAACCUGGACAGGCAGAAGGUACUGCAGCUGCCCGAUCACCUGGGUCCUGCCAGGCCCUCUGUGGUGCUGCAGCAGGCGGUACAGGGCUGCAUCGACAGCGCGUUUCAGCAGAAAGCCGUCUUCACCCUGCUUACCGAGGGCUACGGAGGAGAAAAGAUCUCAGCAACCUUUGACGGUAAGCAGCAUUUGUUGAGUUUGCCAGUGGUCAACAGCGUGGGUUACGUCCUCCGCUUCCUCAAGAAGUUGUGCCGAAGCCUGUUGUGUGAGAACCUCUUCAGUGACCAGCCCAUCGCCCCUUCAUCGUCUCCCUCCUCUUCUUCCUCAUUCCACCCUGAAAAGCACUCAGACGGACAGCUCAAGUCAACAGAUUCAAUGGUGGAUGAUUACCAUGGUGAUUCAAUGAACCCUAAGCGGUAUUCUGUUGACCCCAGCGACUCUGCCUACGGUGCCAUGUCCUCACCGUACACUGCGAGUAAACCUGCUUACGGUUUUCGUUCUGGUACCACCUACUCUGGAGGUGUGUGCAGGCAGGCAGCCAGUCCCAGCACAUUCCCAGAAGGAAACAGAAGUGCCUACAGUCCAUCCCCAGAAGGAGGGGAGGCAAAGCCCCCAUCCAGUAAGGAUCCCUCCAGGUGGAGUGUGGAUGAGGUGGUGUGGUUUAUCAAGGAUGCAGACCCUCAAGCACUGGGCCCUCACGUGGAUCUCUUCAGAAAACAUGAGAUUGAUGGGGAUGCUCUUCUUCUCUUGAAGAGUGACAUGAUCAUGAAGUACCUGGGACUUAAACUGGGCCCGGCUCUCAAGCUCUGCUACCACAUUGACAAGCUAAAACAGAAUAAGUUCUGACCUGUCUCUGCACCCUACAAACACACACAGAUGGAUUCACUCACAGUAUUUACUGACUCACUCUCAUUUGUUGUAGUACAGGACGUUUUUGUCUCCUCUUUUCUGGUCAUUUAAGGACAAGCACCAGACCUUUUUUUUUUUUUUUUUACUUGUGUGGUUUGUCUGCCUGUAUAUUGGGACAUUUCACUGACCAGAACAUUUCCUUGUUCUAAUUUUAAGUGUACAAGUGUUUUAUUGAUUACUUGAUACCUUGAUACUGCUCGAAUCAAAUGGCAAGUCAUCUCAGCUGCUUUCUGGGAUUUGGGUUAUUUGUCCUCAAGCCAGAGUUAUGCAGAUGAGUUAUAAGUGUACAUCAUGCUUCUUCAAAUGGACGGUGUAACAAAGGUAUUAGGCCACAGACAAACUCACUCCCAUUUUUACAGAGCCAUGGACUCUGUCUAAAUCCCUGUGAACUUCAGCCACCUGCUGGUGAAGUGGAGUCACUGCAACUCUGUGACAUUUACUACUAUUCUAACCAGGAACCAUUCAGCUUUUUCAGCUACUUCAGAGGCUGCUAAUCUGGGAGAUCAGUAACAAACAGAAUUCAGCAUUGUGCUCUUAACUGAACAAAUACAGUACCGCACAGUUUUGGUAGGGUACAACUAUGAACAGUUACACUUUCAACCAGCAAAUAACAGGCACAAAUGUAACCCUACUCACCAGUGGACUAUUCACAUCGUCUUUGGAAAGCCUCCUUGGCAGUGUAAGUCAGAACUAAACAGGAUACACUACAAGGCAAUUACUGCUACAGUAAAAAUAGUGCAUUACAAACAUAGUAAUGUGUACCAGGUGCUGUUUCUCAACCAGCAAGUCAAGUUUAACUAAACAAUUAUAAUGGUACAGUACUUUAUAUAUCAUACUGUGGACCAAAUACACUGAUAGGUCUCAUUAGUCCCAACAUUUCUUGUUUUCCCUCUUUUUAGAGCAGAGGCCUCAUAUUGAAAAGCUGCUCUGAUACUACACAAAAGUCAACUUAUGUCAACAAAAUAUGUACUGCUUUACAUUGAUGUUCAGUUCAUUCAAUACACUGGUAUCAUGAACUAACAAUGAACUAUACUUUUACAGCAUUUAUUAAUCUAGGUUUACCAUAAUUUCUACAUAUACUACUGUUCAAAUUUUGGGGUCAGUAAGAAAGAAAAUAUUUUUUUUUAACCAAGGAUGCACUUAAUUGAUCGAAACUGACAGUAAAUACAUGAUUUCUAAAAAAAUAAUAAGUAGUACAAUUAGUGAUAAUAACAAGAAAUGUUUCUAAAGCACCAAAUCAGCAUAUUAGAAUGAUUUCUGAAGGAUCAAGUGACACUGAGGACUGGAGUAAUGA